UUUAGUUUUUGUUUGGGAUUUUUGUUUUAAAACUGUAAUUUGUUUGGUUUUUUUAGUGUGUUUUACUGAGAUUUAUUGGGAUUAGUUUGGUUGCUGAAAAAUGUGGUACAUGAAGCGAUUUUUCAAUUGUUAAAUUUAGGAUAUUUUGUUCUGCCUUCAAAUUGAAAUUUUCCUAAUAAUAGACUCUGGUUUUAGCUUUUGUUAAGCUGCGCUUUAUUAUUUCAUAUAGGUAGAGAAACAAAAAAAGAAUUAUGAUAUUGACAACCAAACAGCUUUUAUUAUUCAAGUUUAGGUUUAUAAUAAUGCAAUUCUUGCUUUUUACUUAAAAAGUUUCUGUAAGUGCUUUACUUUUCUUAUGUAGUAUAAAGUGUUGAUUGCUUGCGUUCUAUUUUGAUUUGCUGUAGCUGAUUUCAGUUGGAUUUUGAUUUUCUUGAGUUUAAUCUUGAAUGUUACAGUUAGUUUAUAUUUUUCUUUUAUGGAGAGUUUAACUGUUAUUCUUAGUUACAGCUGUUUGCUCAUUGUCUUUUAUUUGAAGCUUAGGAGAAUUUUAUUGUGUGUAGAGAAAUUUCUUUUGUUAUGGGAAAAGAUUGCGUUGGAAAUUUUUAUUGCAAAUUAGUAUGACCACGAAAUUUGAAAAUGUUAAAUGAACCGUUUGUUUCCACAUGUUUAAGUAUUUGUUCAAUGUAGGUGUUUUUGAUGGGUGCAUGGUGUGCUGAGUGUUACCAUUGUUUACUUGGUUCUUUUGUCUUGAGUGCAGUUAACUCUUUUGUUUUAUCAUGUAUUAUAAAUACUUUUAUUUGGUUUUAGCAGCCUAUUUGUUACUCAAUCGUAAAACUUUGGAAUUUAGGGAAAAGAAGUGGCUUUUCAAAGCUUUUAGUUUGAAUUUGAUUGCUUAUGGGUGAAGAAAAAACAAGCAGUAAAGUCCCUGAGCCAGUGGCUAAUGGGACUUCUCUGCCGGAGAAAUCUGGUGUAGCUGUAGCUGAGAAAAUAAUCUGGUAAAGGAAAUGGAAGAAGAUAAGAAAGACAAUGAAAAUGUUGAGACAGAGAAGAUGGAUGAAGACCAAGAGUGUAAACAAGAUAAGGAAAGCAAAGAAGAAUUUGAAGAAGGAAAGGGGGACUCAAAAACUGAAGCAAUGGAAGAAGAAAAAUCGCAUUCAAAAGAAAAUGACAAGGAAGUAGAGAAGGAGGAAAACAAAGAUGAGGUGGAGGAGAAAGUGGAAGAGUUGAAAGAAGAAGAGAAGACUCAAGAGAGGAAGGAGGGAAAAGGUUCAAAGAAGCGUGGGAAAGUUCAAAACUCUGGGGAGAAGGUUAAAGAGGAGAUAAAAAAGGUGGAGGGGAAGAAGGAGACAGAACAAAGAACUCCUCUCAGAGAUCGCCCUGUGCGCGAGCAUAAAUCUGUUGAAAGGCUGGUUGCAUCUAUUGACAAAGAUGCUUCUAGGGAAUUCCAAAUCAAAAAGGGCCGUGGUACUGUACUUAAAGUUAUUCCUAAUGUGACUUUCAAGUUGUCUAGAAGGAAGCCUGAUGACACUCUCAGACUACAUACUAUUCUCUUUGGAAGGAGAGGAAAGGCUGUUCAGGUUAAGAGCAAUAUAUCCGGUUUUUCUGGUUUUGUGUGGCUUGAAAAUGAGGAGAAGCAAAAAACUAAAGUAAAAGAGAAGUUGCUGGAGUUUUGUGACAUGCUCGACAUAACAAGUACAAGGGCUACUGCGAGGAAGGAAGAUAUCAUUGCAAAGCUGAUAGACUUUUUGGAGGCCCCUCAUGCUACAACUGCCAUUCUACUUGCUGAGAAAGACAAGGUCUUGAACUUUAACUGCAGCUUUUGCCAACUUUCAAUUUUUACACAUUUUCUAAGAUAUAGUUUCUGUUUGUUAUCCAGUCUAGUAGGAGUAGAAAGUGGAAAAGGGCUGCCAGGCAAAAUGGUUGCAAAGGGAAAGGACAAAGCUAAAAAGAGGAAAGUUAAACCUAGUGAUUAUGAACUAAGGACUACAAUUUGUGGGAUUCUUAAGGAAGUUGACUUCAAUACGGUGACGUUUACCGACAUUCUGAAGCUACUUGUGCAAAGGUUUGAUACCGACCUCACCCCGAGGAAGUUAUCUAUAAAGCUGAUGAUUCAGGAAGAGCUUACCAAACUAGCAGAUGAUGAAGAUGGAGAAGAGGAUGGUGAGAAAGAUGGAGCCCGGUCUGCUGGUCAAGAGCUUGAAGCCUGACCUACAACAAGGAAAGGGAAACAACACCGUGGAAGUAGGUUUAGUUGUCUCUAUCUUGUGCCAAGAUGUACUUUUUAGUUGUAACUUGGUAGGUUAGGUUGUAAUUUAUUCUAAGUUGCUUUUCUUAACAAUUCUUGGCAUUUAAUUAAAUACGAGGUAGCCUUUUUGUAGAACCAUUAACAAAUUUUGUAGAAAGUUUCCUCUGAAAUGCGAACCCCGGUAUCCUUUUUCUUUUGUGGA